AUGUCGCUUUCCGAUGACGACAUGGGCCGAAACCAGGAAUGUGGACUGUACGAUGCAAUUGUCGACCGUUUCACGUACAGCGAGUUCUCCCAGAAGGAUUUCCUCCCUCAGGACGACUUCGAAUCGCUAAUCACCGAACAUACUAUCAAAGAAGAGCUAGACAAAGCUGCUUUCGGAGAAUAUGAUUCGUCACUUGUCAAGUACAUUACGAAACACGCGCGAAAAACGUUUGCUACCUUAGUCUAUGGAGACGCGGUCCGCAGGGCUAUCAACCUAGAAAGAUUCGAAUUCGGCGACAGAUACCUUCCCAUCGCUCUCGAAGGGCCACGUCUCAUCUCUCUCAACGGCUUUGCGCGAGAUUCUUCCGCGUGGAAGUGGUUUAACAAAUGGAGGACACAGGAGAAACAUUUCUUCUGUAAAGAGCAAUGGGGCAAUCUCGUGAUUGCCAUCAAGGAACUGCGAAACAAGGAAGCCGGUGCCGAUCAAAGUGAACUCGAUGCGCUAGACCUGGCGAGGCAAUUGAAGCAUCCACAUAUCGUGAGAUUCGUCGGCGGCUUCAGGCAGAACUUCACGAGCCAUCUGCUGUUCCAGUGGGCGGACGGAGGCAACUUGCGGUCGUACUGGAACAACGAGGAGAAUUGGUCUCGGGAUGCAGACCUCAUAAGCUGGAGUAUUGAACAAAUACAAGGACUUGUUGCAGCACUCGAUCAGUGGCACAACAAUCCGUCUAGGCUUGCUCUGAACGGUCGACAUGGAGAUCUCAAACCGGAGAAUAUUCUUCGAUCUUCGGGACCGCACCGUGGAAUAUUUCAGAUCGCAGAUCUGGGUCUGGCCAAGAUACACUCAUUGCCAACACAUGCAAGAAAUAAACCUUCAGCAUCUCCAGGCGGAACACUCAGAUAUAGGCCUCCGGAGGUUGGCCGAAAGAUCUCAAGGUCUUACGACAUGUGGGGCAUGGGCUGCAUCAUCCUGGAGUGGAUAAUCUGGUUAGUCUACGGCAUUCGCGAACUUGACGAAUUCUGUCAGCAGGCAUUCCCCGAGGAGUUCGACGCUUUCUGGUUGCGCGACAGCGAAAAUCGUACCACUAAUCCAGUAGUGGUUUCGUGGAUGAAACACAUGACCGACACAUGUCUAGCAGACGGAGAUCAAUGCUACAGUGUUGCUCUACGAAAGCUUUUGAUCUUCGUAAGAGACAGGCUACUGGUGCCAGAUUCAACAGAGCAAGAUACAAGCGACAUCUACCACCCAUCCGCUGACAACGAGGAAGUACCCAUUUACAUUACGCCUGCAUCAGAUGUCGGACAUACGUCUCCUAUUCCAGGGAGAGCAAAGGGCAAAGAUGCAUGCAGGGAACUUGCAAGGAUCAGCUCGACAACUCACGGUAUUCCCUACUACAUGUACAACCCGAGGGUCAACAUGAGCGGACCGAACGGGCGAGGACCAGCGAUACCAAGCAAGUUACUGAUGCCUUUGUCGACAUCCAACUUUCGCCUAGAGGUGAAUGGUCCCCCCGGCAAUCGAUGA